ACCAGCAUGGAUGUCAACACAAACAGCGGCUCUUCCGCGAGAGCAGAAAGAAAACAGCAAGAAAAGGCGAAAAUAAUACAGCGAGAGAAACAACGACAGACCAUGAAGACGAUCUCAAAGAUCCUCCAGAAGACUGAGGGUGAGUGGACGCAAGAGGAGCGGGCACUGCUGCAGACGCAUCAGGACGCGGUGCAGGAGCUGAGCCGACGACAGAGCCGCAGGUUCCUGCUGAAGAGAAAACAAGAAGAGGUCUUCGAUGAUGCUGAGAACCUGAAGACUAAAGUGAAGCAGCUGGCGGAGGCGGUGCAGCAGGCCAAGCAUGUGGUCAUCUACACCGGAGCAGGAAUCAGUACUGCCGCCUCUAUCCCAGACUAUCGGGGGCCCAAUGGCGUGUGGACUCAGCUGCAGAAGGGCCGAUCUGUAAGCGCAUCAGAUCUGAGUCGAGCUGAGCCCACCCUUACACACAUGUGCAUCUGGAUGCUACACAAAGUGAAGAUGGUUCAGCAUGUGGUCUCACAGAACUGUGAUGGUCUUCACCUGCGCAGUGGUUUGCCCAGAAACGCUCUCUCUGAACUCCACGGAAACAUGUUCAUUGAGGUAUGUGAUUCCUGUUCUCCAGCACGGGAGUUUAUCAGGCUGUUUGACGUGACCGAGCGCACGGCUCUGCACAGACACGGGACGGGCCGCCUGUGUCUUUACUGCAGAGCAGAGCUCAGAGACACCAUAGUGCAUUUCGGUGAACGUGGCACUCUGGAACAGCCGCUCAACUGGAAGGGGGCAGCUGAGGCCGCACAGCAGGCUGACGUCAUCCUCUGUUUGGGCUCAAGUUUGAAGGUGUUAAAGAAAUACUCAUGCUUGUGGUGCAUGAACAGACCAGCCAACAAAAGACCAAAGCUGUACAUUGUAAAUCUACAGUGGACACCGAAAGAUAACUUGGCUACUCUGAAAAUUCAUGGCAAGUGUGAUGCUGUGAUGGGUCUUCUCAUGGAGGAGCUGGGCUUGGAAAUUCCGGUUUACAACAGAUCACAAGACCCCAUCUUCAGCUUGGCUAAACCACUCAGUCCACAAGAGCAGAGGAGUCACACUCGUAAAGAGAUAGCUCCACCUUCUGAUCUGGAGGAUGCUUCGCAAGACGCGCAGGCUCAGGGUGAAGCUACUGCGGUGCAAGGUGGCUGGUUUGGAAGAGGUUACGCCAAAGCAAGGAGGAAAAAGUAGACCUAAAAAGCAUGAGAUGCCACACAGCUGCUCAGUUGGGAUAGGACAAUGUUCGCUCCCAACACACUCACUGCUUGAAUACAUGUUUCUGAUAGGCCAUUACUGAUGAACGUAUUGUUACAACAGGUUAUAGUAUAAGCAGGUUGGCAGGUUCACAUGAUGGUUUGGCUUUGCUAAGUGCACUUUAUGACCAAUCUCAGGUUUACAGAAGAAGCAAUAUAUGAUUCUUAUAACAGACGAUUUUUUGUUGUUUUUUCACUUAAAAUUUAAGUCACUUACUUACACAUAUGAUGUUCCAAAAACUAAGAAAAAAAUGCUGUUUUCCAUACAGAUGGAAACAAAUAAAGACACGUCUUUUUAAACUCUCAAAAAGUAGCAUGAAAGUACAAUACUUGUUCUUUGGUGACAGACAGAAUGAAACUUGCUAUAAAGAAGAGCGAGGACAUUCUGAUAAACGUUUCAAGUUAGAACAACUUGUGUGUGAGUAAAUGACAGCUUUCAUUGUUUGUGUUCGACUUUAGAAUAUAGUUGUUUACAUGAAGUCAGUGUUACUGGAUUGAGUAAAAAUGAAUGCUUUAUUUCAGUCCACUAUGAAAAGAAUUAAUGAAUUGUAUUACUUUAAUGAAUUAGAUAUACAGUUCCUCAACCAAAUAAUAGAUUGUGUAUAUUUCAAUCUAAUGAAUUGUUUAUGUUGACCCUUAACAUGGUGCUAUAACUGAUUACAUUUUAACCCUCCAUGUUUAAAUAUUGGAUUUUAUCUAUACAUAUGAGCGACAAAACCCUCACGUGUGGACUUUAUUAUAAUUGUAAUAACUUGAACUGAGAUAAAUGUUUGCACAGAUGUGCUGGUUGAUUUUGGAUGCUGUUUGUGUGAAAACAAGACUGCUGUAAGUGCCAUUACUUGUACGUCUUUAAUUAUUUUGUUCAUUUUGUCUCAGUUUACACAGGCAUUUUAUUUCAGAUGAGUGGAUUUCUGUGUACUACUGUACAGAAAACUUGAGUAUUUGUGGAUUUACAUGAUGUAUUAAAAAUAAAUGAAAGUGGUUUCAGCAUCUACCACAAUAAUACACUUGCCAUCACUUAGUGUGAUUUUUUUUUUUGUUUGGUUUUUUUUUUUUUUUUUUUUUUUUUUAAAAA